GUGGAAAGUGUGUCAUCUGUUGAGAGUGCACCUGCAUCACUUAUAUAUACCACCCACUGUCCCCAUUUUUGGCCUCUCCUGAAAACCCUCCUCAACAACACUUGCAAGAAUCAUCAAAAUCCAUCUGAGAUCAACAAAACCCACUUCAAAACCAGAGAGGGAGAGGGAGAGGGAGAGAGAUGGAUGAAGAUGGUAUUGGGUUGGUCUUGGCUCGAGCUUCCGAGCUUCGCUCCAAGAUCAUCAAUUGCAUCCACAGGGCUUCAACGGCUCUGCAAGAACAAGAAGAGAAAGAAGAUAAAGAUAAUGGGUCUCGGGACAAGGUCGGUGAAGCAGAGGAAGAAGAAGAAGUUGAAGAAGAAGCAGCAGAGAGCCUUUUGAACAUUCGAGAUGCUCUCGAAUCGCUCGAAGCCCUGCUCUCUUCUUUACAGGCUCUCCAACAACAGCAAUGGUAUGAGAGGGAAGCAGCCUUGGCUGAGAUUGACUGUAGCCGCAAGAAGCUGCUUAAAAAGCUGAAAGAGUACAAAGGUGAAGACUUGGAAGUCAUACACGAAACUACUGCUUUCGCUAGUGAAACUGUUGAGGACAACAACGAUCUCCUCCUUCCCCCAUAUCCCAGUCGGCCUUCCCACUCCCUUGCAUCAGACAAUGGCUAUCUUUCCCACUUCCCUUCCACACGUAAGCUUCCUCAAAACGGGCUCAUUAAUAGUGACACUACAAUUGAAACAAAGAAUAGUCUCCAUGAAUCAGAGAGAAAACAAACACAAUCUGGUUCUCAAAACCCACUUAAAGGGUUGAGACUCUUCGUCAACACGGCAGCCAAGACAAUGCUUACUCUUGUUGGCGUGAUAUCUAUUCUAGGAUUGGCUGGCUUUGAACCUAGGCUUAGGAAAAGAGACAAUACAGAAUUCAAGAUUUUUGGGGUCUUCCGACAGCGAGGAACUGAAGCGGAGAGAAAAAUAAAAAGGGGCCAAUGCCCACCCGGUAAGGUCUUGGUGAUGGAAGAUGGCGAAGCUCGUUGCCUUGUGAAAGAGAGAGUUGAAAUUCCAUUUGAGUCGGUUGUUGCAACACCAGAUGUAAAUUACGGGUGUGGAUGAAAAGACUCAUUGAAAUAUGAAUUGAUACAACAAUGCGCCCUUUAGGUCACCACUACCCUUUUGGUUGUCCCACUCAACUUUGCUGAUCACACUACUCAAUUCUCCGGUCACCAUAUGCUGCCACCGGAGAAUUCAUCCCAACCAUGUCAAAGCCGGCGGUCCAGCCGGAAAUUCCGACAACAGUUUUUAUCAGAAAACGGCAGUGUCUUUGUUGUUGCAAGUACCUUGACUGAAUUAUUGAGAGCUGUACUAGCCUUGAUGGCUAAAGCACACAAGUCUUGCAAAGAAAGUGGUGUCUGCUGGGACUUGGAUGGCAAUGGCAUGAGGAAGUAAGUUUGACCAGGCUGGAGUUCUUCAUCGUAGGGCACGUGAAGAGCACGUGAGCCUACAUACAUGGUCUCUGAGCUGCAGAGGAAGGAAUUUGGAUUCUGGAAGAGGAUGUGGUAUGCCUUGAUUGGUUGUUUGAAUUCUUGUAGAUGGGCAUCCAUGUCAAUUAUCAUGGCUGUGGGUGGAUAUUUGGUGGUGCCACAUCUCCUUGUGAAUUGAGAAGUGCAGACACCCAUGAGAGAGAGAGAGAGAGAGAGAGAGAGAAUGAAUGUUGAUUGUGGUCUGGUAGUAUUGUGGUUUGGUAGUGUUGGGGUUGUGAUUUAUAGGGAGAGAAAAGUGGUAUAUAAGAAUGAUGUGCAAUAAAUAAAAAAAAUUAUACAUUAAACU